UCACCCACUCUCUGGAACACUACUGGCAACACCUCACCCACUCUCUGGAACACUACUGGCAACACCUCACCCACUCUCUGGAACACUACUGGCAACACCGCCCCUCUCUGGAACACUACUGGCAACACCUCACCCACUCUCUGGAACACUGCUGGCAACACCUCACCCACUCUCUGGAACGUUACUGGCAACACCUCACCCACUCUCAGGAACUGAUUGUGGAUUGACAACAUAUCCUAACAGUCCCUGUUCAUUGUUGGCCACAGGUGUCCGCUCUAGUUUGUACAGUAUCACCAAUAUACUGUACCUGACGAUGGCCACCACAACUGACAAGAGUCAGAUACCACUACUACAAAAAGUGUCAAGAAAAGCCUUAAAGAAACAGAAGAGAAUAGUUAAAGAUGGAACUCAUGUGGUAAACAUUGAUGACAUUUCAAAGCACCACACCAAGACCAGACCACAUUAUGAGCGAGCUGUGUCUGUCAGGGAACGCUAUGAUAGGGUUGGCGACCCAAUCAAUGCUCAUACAUAUACAGAAGAACUCCUCCAGAAAGCUGAAGACAAUGACUUUGAUGCUUGUCAGAACUUGCUAGAAAAAGGUGCCAUUGUUAAUAUAGAGGAUGAAAAGACUAAAUUAACAGCUCUGCAUAUAGCAGCCAAGAAUGGGCAGCACGAUAUUCUUAAUCUUCUCCUAACUAAAGGUGCUGACUGCAAUGCACAAGACAAUACUGGACAUUCUCCAUUACAUCUUGCUGUCACAAAGGAUUAUCCUUUUUGCUGUGAAAUCCUUCUGAAAUGCACUGAUUUGAAAGUAAACAUACAAAAUAAAACUCUUGACACCCCCCUUCAUCGUGCAGCAAAAGAGGGAAGAAUACACAUAUGCACAAUGAUUCUCCAACACAACAAUAUUGAAAUAAAUGUUAGAAAUGACAAAGGAAUGAGUCCCCUGCAUCUCGCUACUUUGGAAAAUCACGCUGAAGUAAUAAAGCUUCUAAUAGAAAAUGGUGCAGAUUGUAAGAUGCAGGAUAAGUAUUUUCAUUUGCCAUUACAUUAUGCAGCUCAGAAAGGGUUUCCAGAAUGUUGUGAAGUUCUUUUAUCAAUUUGCAGUGAUGCUGAUAAAGAAAAGCAGUUGACUGUAGUUCUGAAGGAUAGAAAAACACCUCUCAUGUUGGCAGCUAAGGGAGGUCAUCACAAAUGCUGUGCUAAACUGGGAAAUACAAGCAUAAAUGCAGUGGACAAAGAAGGAAAUACUGCUUUGCAUUAUGCUGCAAUUGGAGGAUUUGAAAACACAAUUGAAUUGCUUCUUACUAUGGGAGCAGAACCAAAUACACAGAAUAAAAAGAGAAAGGCCCCAGUACAUGAAGCUGCAGGUAAAAAGAAGUCCAGCUGCUUAAAACUCCUUAAAGAUAACUGUGCAAAAUUCGAUGUUGUAGAUGAACAAAACAGAACUGUUCUUCACUAUGCAGCUGAGAAAAAUGCAGAAGACUGCCUUCAAUAUUUGUUGUCUCUUCCAGACUUGAAAAUACUUGAUAAAAAAGAUAAAGAAAGGUGUACCGCACUUCAUAUUGCUAUAAAACGAGAAUCUGUGGAGUGUGCCCAUAUAUUACUUAAGAGUGGUGCAUCACCAAUAGAACAGUGUAUUGGAAAAAUGACACCACUUCACUUGGCAGCUGACAAAGGAUAUACAAGUCUGUGUGAAGUACUCCUUGCCAAAGAUAUAGUACAAGUUAGUCAGGAGAACGGAAAAAAGGCAACGCCGCUUCACUUAGCAGCUCUUCAUGGAUCAGUAGAUGUAUGCCAAAUGCUCUUACGUAAAGGUGCUCGCCUAUCAGCAGUUGAUACAAAUGGCCGAACAGCUCUACAUAUUGCAGCUAAUAAAGGCUGUGGUAGUGUGGUUAAGUUUCUUACCAAAAAAGGCAUAACUCAACGGACUAAAGAUGAUACUGGUUCCACUGCGUUGCAUCUUGCAGCAUCUGAGGGAUCACUGGAGUGUUGCCAGCUGUUGGUUGCCAGUGCUAAAGCUACAUGCAAUGAUAUUGAUCAUAAUGGAAAAUUACCUUUUGACAGAGCUUUUGAAAAGAAACAUGACUCUGUGUUUCGAUUUCUUCUUCUGCAGCUGCCUUACAAAAAAGAUGAAGAAAAACGGAUGGCUUGUCUUCAUGAAUAUAUAAAUAUAGCACUGGAGGAAAACAGAUUAACUGUGGUUGAAGCAAUCAUUGAUAGUUCCUGGUGGCAAGCUGGUUUUAGAAGUAAAAAUGAGCAUCACUGCCAGAAUUUUAGACAGCUUGUUGAAUAUCAUCCAGGCCUUGCUCUAAAGGUGCAGGAUAAGUGUGUCGAUCGUUCCAAAUCUAAAACAAUUUAUGACUUCAGAUUUUAUGAAGACAACUACUAUAUUCCAACAGCCUCAAGCAAGACCGAUGAGAGUCCAUUUGAAAGUGAAAGUGGAAAGGUACAUCAGAAUGCACAAACAUUCACCCAAGAUGACCUUGAAUGGAAGAACAGGCAUCCCUUGACUCUUAUGGUGUCUCACAGCCGACACCAGCUACUGAAACACUCUUUAACAAAUGCAUGGCUUUUACAUAAAUGGCGGUCUUACAUCUACCUCAUCUUCCUCGCCCUACUCCUGCUGGAGCUACUUUUUGUUGGUUGUUUAAUGGCCUUCAUGGGAAGUACAGAUAACUGGAGCCACAUAGAAACACGGUGUAACUUGACCAGAGAGCAGUUUUGUAGAUUGUCAGAAACAUGGCAGGAGAUGAAAGAACCAACCUCCACACCAGACACUCUCAUUGAGGGUUCACUGUCUAAAGAAAUUUCUGAAAACUUUACAUUGUUGCCCGAUAAUUCAACAGGAUCUAAACUUCAGUUUAUGAAAUGCAAUGAAGCAGUUCCAGUAAAGCAUGGAGUAUUUGUGUGUCUACUGAUCAUAACGUCUAUCACUCUACUCCUGGAAUGCAACUAUAUGUAUAGGCUGAGGAAUGAAUACUUGAGUUUCAACAAUCUGAUGCAGAUCUGCCGUUUAAUAUUUUCCAUUAUCAUCAUAGUACCAAGAGGACGCUGUGAAUUUGAUCAUCACAUACUUUAUGUUGAACACUGGCAGUGUGGCAUCCUGGCACUGCUGGUGGCAUGGCUGCACCUCAUCAACAUGCUCAACCAGUUACCCAUGCUCUCAGUUUUCAUGCCAAUUACUCAAAGCUUUCUUAAGAGCUUUUUCAAAGUGGUAUUUUAUAUUGCAAUGCUUAUAUUUAUCUUUGCAUUUAUUUUCCAUUUGUUACUAAGAGAUCAGACUGCCUUCUUCACAGUGCCACAAGCCAUGGUAAAGACAAUAGUGUGGAUGCUUGGUGAUCUUGCCUAUGAUGACACUUUUCUUAAUGAUGAUCACCAGCUUGUCUACCCAGUGAUGGUGAACCUUCUCUUUGUGGUGUUUGUCACAACUAUUGGUGGGUUUAUUGUCAACUUAGUAAUUACUCAGCCCUCCGAAAAGCUUGAUAGCUUCCGAGACAAAGCUGUCUUUUACAGAGCAGCAUCUCGGUGUACACUUUUCCUGAAACUUGAGAUUUGCUUUCCCUUCUUUCGUAAAUACAGAACAAGAGGCACUUAUGUUGAUGAAGAAACUGAAGUAAAUGGAUACAAUGUUCUGACAAAGAAACUUUUGUUGCUAGACAGUAAAGAGGAUGCAGAAACAGAACCAACAAACCCUUUACAGUUACAGCUGGAAAACCAGCAUCAGCAAAUCAAUACUUUGUUGACUCUUCACAUGGAACAGAGGGAGGAGAUACGAGAUCUCAAACACACACUCAAUCUUAUGGCUAAAUCUCUGCCAGGUUUAAAUCAAUCACAACUUAAAAUUUAAGAUCAUAAAUCUUAGCAGUUCUGAUUUGCUAUGAUAAAUUGUAUCCAUCUACAUACCCUGUCCACCAGGUGAUUGAAUGCCUCUGCAUCCUGGUCUCAGACACCAGGCCUCCACUUACAAAUGUUAACAAGCAUAGUCUGGAUGCAAAUGUAAAAAUGAAGGUUAUAUUGUAUCUAUCUAUGCAAUAAUGUUGUUAUAGAAUUUGUGCAUGAUGUUCUUUGCUGGAAAUUAUAGGUAUGGGAAUAAUGAGCUUGUCUGUGCUCUACCAUCAACCAUAUUCCAGCUGUGAACUCUCUUGAGUGGCCGUGAGAGAAGUCUUUAAGUAGCCUUACAAGUCUUCCAUCAAUCAUUCCCUCAUGUGCAAACCAUCACAGCACUGCACAGACACGUCCCAAUUCUACUGUGCUUUAUUCAUUAUCAUGUUUUCUACUUUGGGGCUGGAAUUCACAUUAUAGUGAAAGGCCAAAGAUCCUCACUAAAGCAGACACCCACCCAAUUACCAUGUCUUCCAUGCUAAUCACCAACAUCACACUUCGGAAAAACAUUCACAACAGAACCCUACUACAGUGCUUCCAUUGGGUUGUCAUUUAAAUAUACUACAUGUCAACAUUCACUCCUUAACAACUGGUUCCAUCAAACGUAAUUUCCCUCCGUGACUUCAAAAAUUUCAUGUCAUAUUAAAAAAAAAGCAUGAUAGUAGUAAAAUCAUAAAUUUGUUGGAAUACCUUACAUUCCACUACAUUUUGUUUCCCUAGAUUCAGAUACCUGAAAUAUGGGGUAGGAUGUAACAAUCAAUUGAGUGAAGCACAGAAACAUUUAUUUUCAACUACAUAUAGGGGGCACCAUAAUCUUGCCAGUCCUUAAGGCCUUGAAAGGUCUUAAUACAGUCCUGCUCAUAGUAUAGAUUCUGUAACUUAUUGUUAUGAUACCAUCCUCUCUUUCUAUUUUUUAAAUUUUUAUUUAUAACCAUAAGAUCAUAAGGUUAUAAGAUUUAUAACCAAGAGUUCUUACAUUCUUGAAAAGCCACUAGCAUGCAUAGCAUUUUGAGCAGGUCCUUAAUCCUAAUUUUUCCCUGGAAUAUGACCUGCCAAAUCGUUUAACAACCAGGUACUCAUUCACUGCUUGGUGAACAGAGGCAAACAGUUGAGGAUUGGCACCUGGUCAAUCCUCCCCGGCCAGGAUAUGAACCUAUGGCAAAUUGUUCGUGAAGUGCAGGGCAAGUAUUUUACCACUGUGCCACGGAGACAGCUUGAAUUUUCAGACUGCAUACUUUAUACUGAAAAUAUGCUUUCAGAUUUCCACAUGGAAUGGAAAUCUGGAAAUCUUCUACCACAACCACUUUCACCCUAACUUUAACUUCACACCCAAGUGCCUUGUUACUGCACCAUGUAGCUGUUACAUGCACCAUUCAUUGUCCUAACACUAUAUAAAUAUCAGAGGUCCAUGUUUGUUCAACACCCUCCCAGCGAGUAUAAGAAAUAUUGUUGGAACAAACGUGGAUGUCUUCAUGAGAAAACUGGAUAGUUUUCCUCAGGAAGUGCCGGACCAACCGGGCUGUGAUGGAUGUGGGCCUGCAGGCCACUCCAAGCCUGUUAGGGUAAUCUCUCACAAGACUUUGGGAGUAGAACACCCAGAACUCCAUCCAGGUACACUACUCUUCAUUUACUAAAAGGCCUACUCCCUCUAUCACUUUCACUCCUCUUACAAUCCUUAACUAAUUCUACUCUGGAUUCUUGCUUUCUCUAAGCUAGCUUCUAAGACGUAUCACACCAAACAUUCCCACCUUAAAAAGUUUCACCACUGCCAUCUUCAUUUGUUUGCUAUAACAACAUUCCAUAAAACCAUAUUACCUUGUCUUUGUCUUAAGUCUAGGCAAGAGGGAGCCCUAGAAUAAAUGCCAUUUCUUCUUUUAAUGAGGAGAAAUUUAGAUGGGUCUACAGCCCAAUCUCUCAACCCCUCUGUUGCAAGUAACAUAUGACUGUUUGCACCACAAAGUGGUAAGCAAUGUCAUAGCAUCCCUUAAUCAUGUUCAAUUGUAAAUGGUAAAAUUUCUACAUGGUUGAGAUUUUAGGAAUUUCCAAAUACAGUAUGUAGGAAAAUCAAAUAUAAAAUGUGCACAUUAAAUGAAUACUAUCAAAAUGUAUAUUAAAAUAUAAACCAGGUAAACAUUUCACCUUUAAAUGAACAAAUCCACAAGGGCCAUGAUGAGGGUUCGAGGACUAAGGCGCAUCUGGGAACAUCCCGUGCAUAGGUUCGAACCCUCAUCACGGCCCUUGUGGAUUUGUUCAUUUGAUAUUUUUCACCUUUCACCGUGUAUUUCACCUUUGUUUAGAUCUGUUCUACUAUAUGCACCAUCAUUUCACAUUAAUAGAUUUCUCUCUUCAGUUAGUAAAAGACAAAUUUUAAAACUGCCUAUUUCAUUGUCUUUUCACUUAUAGUUAAUAAAAGUUAUAAACAUUUA